UUAGUGCGGUGAGUGUACUUAUCGUGCCACUUAUUUAUAUAUUUCAAGGUGUCUCUUUGUAACCUAUGGCAACUUCCGUAUAACUGAAGUUAACAGCACAGGUUUUUUUGUGUGUGCGUGUAAACGUUCCAAACGUUCAACACGCGCUAUCCUGACAACCAGCUGCUCGAGCAAGUAAAUGUCGUGCCGGUCGCUUCGUCUUCACACGCCGCUCAGGGUAGAGGACUCACAGGCUGGAGCUGCAGCUCAGAACUGACGGGGACGCGAUGUCUAAGCGCAAUAAGCAUCCGCUGAACAACGAGGAACAGAUCCAGCUGCUGGAGGCCGUCAAGAUGGGGAAGCUGACGGUGGAGGAAGCCGUGCGGAUGGCCAACGGCCUGGAGCAGGACAACAAGGCGACUGACAUGGUGGGAGAAAGUGACGUGUACAACUUCAAUGUUUACAAAUACAACAAGUUCCGGCAGCGGCAGAAGAGGAUCCUACAGGUGGACUUCUCCGAGAAGGUCUUGUGCAACAUCUCGAAGGGCGCUGUGCACAAGCGCUUCCCGUUCGCCGAGCUGGAGUCGUGCGAAGGCCAGGAAGGGCUGCGCCUCACGCUGUACUUCACGCAGCACCACGAGUACGAGCUCGAGAUCACCUCCGACUUCGACAAGGCCCAGAUCCUGCGACUCGCCCACCUCAUCCUGAACCAGAACAAGGCCCUCUGCCAGGAGCAAGAGGCGACUUUGCCCGGUGCCGAACCCCCGACGAGUGCUAGGGUGGUCAAGGAGGGGGAGGCCCUGCUGAGAAAGGGAGGCUUGGCUUCGGUAAAGUGGGUGAGGGUGUGGCUGGAGCUGUCUCGGUCAGACCUGAGCUUCUACCCGAGCGAAAGGCGGCAGGGAAACCUGGGGAAGCUCGCCGCCUUGACGGGAGAAGCCCCCCCGGAGGUCUGCGUGGCUCCGUGCAUCGUGCACCUGUCCACGCCGGGGGUGGAGGCCUACGCGGACAGCCUGGCCGACUCCUUCUGCGUGUCCACCAACAAGAACCUCUACACAUUUCGCCUGGCUCUGAACAGCGCGCACCGCGAUGACUUUGCCGAGGAGCGCGACCACUGGGUGCGCGAGAUCGAGUCCGUGUGCCGGGGCUACAAACGGAUGUCUCACACCUCGACAAACGCCUCCGCACAAGACUGCACCCCCGCCUCCGCCCCCGUCUGCGACGACGCCGCCACCGGCAGCACGGUCGCGCCCCCAGCGGCACCGCCCGCAGGGGAAGGUCCCGGAGUUCCGGCGCCCGCCGAUCCCGUCCGCGGCAACGAAGACGGCGGCUUGAAGAUCCCGGCGGCGGCCGGGAACGCGGCUCCCGAAGCAAGCUCGGCAAACGGCGCGCCAGGCUCGGCUACUCCCGAAGCGCCGAGCUCGGACGACGAGCUGUUGUCCGGCACGCCCGCGGCGUACCGGAGUGACCGCGCUCCGGGCGUCGAGCCGCCGUACGGCGACGGCGGCGGCGGCGCGCGGAGCCAGGACCCGGACGAGCCGGACACGCCGCUCUUCUCCUGCUUCAAGCCAAACGAGCCCCGGGACGCGCCCGCCAUCGUCCCGUCGCGCGCCGCGCCCGGGCUGCCCCCGGUCGCGCCGCCGCCUCCGGUGUUCUACGUAAAGCCGCGGGCCGAUGACGUGGUGCGGACCAAGGCGCUGCACUGGGACCCCGUGCAGUCCGACAGGAUCGCUAAGUCCAUGUGGGCUCAGAUGCGCGGGGACGUUGGUGCGCUGGACCUGGUCCGCCUUCGGGAUGCCUUCCGUCUGGAGACAGUGCAGGUGCCCAUCAUCUCCACAUCCCAGCCAACGGCACAGAUCUUGCUGAACUCCAAGGUGGCGCAGAACUUCUGCAUUUUUCUGCGCGGGUUCCGAGUUCAGCCGGCGCAGCUCCGCGAGCAGCUGCUCGUCCUUCGCGGCGACUUGGAAACGGGAAUCACGGACGAGCAAAUCGCGGAACUGCGGCGAUUCGUGCCGACGGCGGAAGACGUGGAGAUGUACAAGCCACACGUGAAGCGACGAGCAGCCCUGCACCAGGUGGACCAGUACAUGCUGGAGAUGUGCAGCAUCCCCUUCCUUGGCGAGAGACUGGAGCUGCUGAUGAUCGUUCGUGAGUUCCCGGGACAGAUCAGGGAGCUGAAACCGCUCGUCGCGCACCAGCUCUCGCGCUGCUCCCAGCUGGCGGCCAGCAAGAAGUUCCCGUGCGUGCUCGAGUACGUGUUGCUCGUGGGCAACCGCCUCAACGAGACGGCCGGACGGAGCCCCAUCAAGGGCUUCUGCCUCUCGACGCUGCCCAAGCUGAUGGAAACAAAAGGCCAGAACAGGAAGUACACUCUGCUGUGCUUCCUGGUGGAGCAGAUUAAGGUGCAUCGCCCAGAGCUCCUGGACUUUGCCCAGGAGCUCCAGAGCCUCAAGUCUGGCUCGACUGCGUCCAUUAAGGGGCUCACGGCAGAAAUGGACGUGCUAAAGCAGUCGCUGGUCAAGCUCCAACAGUACCACGGCACACUCAAGAAGUCACUCAAGAGCGAGUCUGAGACCAAGUUUUUGGUGGAGCUCAAGGUAAUGAUCAACAAGUUUAAGGGAGAACUCAACGACCUGGGGACGCAGAUCAGUGACUUGCGCAGAUCGUACACGGCUCUCAUGGUUAGGUUUGGAGAAACGACUGAGCGGGACUCUGAGCAGUUCUUCGGUUGGACGACGGAAUUCAUGGAUGCAUUUACCGCUGCGCUCAGGAGCGGAAAGUCUGCGGAGAAAGGGCGACUUUGUGCCUUCUGACCCGGCAGACGGGCCAUCUGGAGUGCUGAGUCGACUUCCAACAGGCGUUUGCAUGAAGCAGCCACGGGCGAUAUUUUUGAGCAUCUUUUGCCAACAUGCAUUUCAUAUUUUUUGGAUAAUAAUUUGAGUUGCACACUGAAGUCUAUUCAAGUAGCAUUUUAAAUUCACUUAUUAGACAGAACAAAUGAUAGCUUGUAAUGGAUGCAAAAGAAAUUCACCCCAGAUGAAAGUGAAUUUGAUUGAAGUGAGUUGGUCAGUGAAAAACAGGCCAUGAAAUAAUUUCUCUAAUAGAGGUUGUUUGGGUUAGAUCGCAUAAAUAUAAAUGUGUCGUUAAACCCGCCACCGCCUGACACAACCAAUUAGUAAGAUUCGUCACGUUAAGCAAAACAUGCCAAUCCGUUACUUGUGCAGCACACCAGUUGUGUGUUGGAGAGUAAACCCAUUUAAAAGAUGUAAAAUAAUCAUCUCCCUUGCUCUUUUGCUGCCCCCCGUUGCAGCGGUAUGAACACGCUUAUCAGUGUCUUUACACGUGCAUCUUGCUCGAGAUCGCGCCAAAUUGUAUGCAUUUAUUAUUGCAGAGCGCUCACGCUAAAUCCACAUCGCUUACAUUUCACUUAAGUUAUGUCCUUCGCAAAUGCGCGGACAGUGCUGGUUCACGUGAAAAAUAAAACAAUUUGUACGUUGGGUCACAAGAUGCGCUUAUUGAAGAAAUUGUGGCCUAAAUGACGUGUGGCCACGCAAUCUUUGGAGCUCUUUGGAAUCGGGCAUUUGUAAUGUGACCAGUAACACGGCGAGUAAUUCAGCAGCGAUUCCCUGCUCAAUUGGGAAUUGGACAUUGAGGCGUUGCUCAUCUCCUUUUAAACAGCCUUGAUCCAGUGGUGGGAAUUCCACAUUUCUAUGGCAAGGGUGAGUCAUUCCAGAGGACAACCUUCCACAAAGUGGUACCAUUUUAUGGCACCAAGUGGGAUAAUGGGCUGAGUGAACCCCCAAUCAGGAUUUGAAGUCACAACCCCCUGAUUGCGAGCAGCUUGCUCUGCCACUGAGCCACAGUCGUUAAACUAAAAACUUUAACGAAACUAUUUUUGUUUUACCAGGUAAGGCCCACUGAGCUAUAUAGGUCUUUUUUAGAAGCGACCUGGCCACAAAUGAUAGCUCAAUGAAGUGGCUUAUCACGUGGAAAUGUAUUGCAGCCAAAUACGAUGUUGAUUCUAAAUGUGGUGAAAAACGGAAGACCCAGAAAAAAAUCUACGCGACCAGGGGUAGAGAACUCAAAUAUACAGCAGGCGUCAGGGUUGGGAACGAACCCACUACCUCCUGUAUACCAGGACGAGGUCGUUAACAUCUCGCCACCGUAAUUAUCAAUGCGAGUGGUUAUGAGAAAGUAACGAGUAAUGUCCAAGGAACAACUGAAGCUGUGGAAAGAAUUGUACACACAAUUGCUUACCAAAUUAAUGAACUGUGCAAAACGAGCAAAGUGCUGUUGGUCCAACCAUAAAUGUUUAGUUAAAUGUGCCUCUUUCGUCAUGGCUACAUUGUAUAUUUUUUGUUCAUUAUUUCCACGAGGUCAUCGUUAAAGUGACAUGCAAACCGGUCUUCUUUUGUUGGGUUUCGUUGAGCAAAUAGCUAGCACUUAUAUUUCUUUGUUACGAGAUUUAAGAAAUCUCCAUUCGAGGCCGAUUUUU